GCUUCGUUCAAACAGUGAACAUCGAUCGUAAAAACUAAUCAACAAAAACUGUUUUUUUUUAUUAAAAAAGUUAUUUAUUUAUUUAUUUUUAUAAAUAAGUUAUAUAAAUUAGUGUUUGUGUUUUUUGUUUAUUUAUUGUGACGUAAUUUGGGGAAAAUUUGAAGAAAACAAUAUGUCAACAUUACCGUAUCACAGUUAUCCAUCCAUGAUGGAAAUGCAACACCAUGUGGCUGCAGCUGCUGCAUCCGUAGCCGCCGCAUCUAAUGAUUUUCAUCAUCAUCAUCAUUCAAAUAGCCAUCUUCAGAGUACAACACCCGAGGGUCAUAUUAAACGUCCAAUGAAUGCAUUUAUGGUAUGGUCACGUAUACAACGACGGAAGAUUGCAUUAGAUAAUCCAAAAAUGCACAAUUCUGAAAUAUCAAAACGUUUGGGUGCCGAAUGGAAAUUAUUAACGGAAAGUGAGAAACGUCCAUUUAUUGAUGAAGCAAAACGAUUACGUACAAUGCAUAUGAAAGAACAUCCCGAUUAUAAAUAUCGUCCACGACGUAAACCUAAAGGUCCGUUACAAUCACCAAAUGGUAAUAUUACAUCGUCACCGACAUCAUCAAUGAAACAACCACAAUUUCCAAGUUUUCCAUUACCACCAUAUUUUGCACCAACAGCACCAUUAGAUCCACUUGGUGCUGCUUCUUCAUAUCCAUCCGCAUAUUUUAGUCCUGCUUUUGCAGCGGAUUUAAGUCGUAUGGUUAAUGUGGGUAAUGAAGCACCAAAAACAUCAAAUGCCGCCGUUGUCAGUUCAUUCUAUUCAUCGUUAUAUUCAAGUGCAGCCGUAAAAAAUUAUCCAACUUCACAUCAUAUUAGUGCACCGUUAUUCCCUACACCACCACCAAUUAUGUUUAAUUCGAGUGCGUCCAGUCCUGGUUCCAGUCCUGGUACAUCAAUUGGUAGUACAUCAACGACUGACAGUCCAAAUGAUUUACAAAUUCGAAGACCUGUUCCUGUUAUUUAUUAGUAGUGCAAAAUUUCAAAAAAUUUGAGUACUCUCUUUUUUUUGUUGAUUUUAAGUUUUUAUCAUAUGCAAACUGUGAUUUAUUUUUUUUUGGAAAAAAAGACAUUGUUUUAUAAUUAUAAU